AUGGCAUCUUCUACGAUUCAACAAAUUCUUACAAUUCGAGAUGAAUCUAUUCCUAAGAAUAGUUUACUUGGAGAUUUAACUCCUGAUUCAUCAAUUCUUGAUGUAAGUGAAAUUCCAUGUCAAUGCGGUCUUUUAUCAAAGGAAGAAAUUAAUAUCACCGAAAAUUAUACAUCUUGUCAACUUGUUACUUUAUUGGCUAAUGGACAAUUGACAGCUGAACAAGUAAUUAAAGCUUAUCUUAAACGUGCUGGUAUUGCUCAUCAAUUAACUAAUUGUGCAACAGAAUUUCUUGGUGAUGAAGCUAUUAAUCGAGCUAAAUAUUUAGAUGAAGAAUUUAAAAAACGUGGGCAACCAAUAGGGGCACUUCACGGUUUACCGAUCUCUGUUAAAGAUUAUAUACCAAUGCGUGGACGACGAACUAGUGCAGGUUAUAUGACAUGGAUGAACAGAAUUGCUGAAGAUGAUGCUCUUGUUUUAAAGAUUCUUUAUGAAGCUGGUGCAAUAUUUUAUGUUCGUACUGCUCAACCACAAAGUCUUAUGCAUUUAGAAUGUGAUAAUCCUAUUUAUGGAAAAACUGUCAAUCCAUUUAAUCGAAAUUUAACUUGUGGUGGAAGUAGUGGUGGUGAAGGUCCGUUAAUUAGUUUGAAAGGUAGUCCUAUGGGUGUUGGAACUGAUAUUGGUGGCAGUGUGCGAUCCCCAGCUGCCAAUAAUGGAAUAUAUGGUUUAAGGCCGACUACUUUUCGAAUACCAAAACAAGGUAUAAUGGGAAUACAAUCAGGAAGAGAAAGUAUUCUUGGUGUAGUUGGUCCACUUGCACGAGGAAGAGAAGAUAUUAAUCUAUUUAUGAAAACAAUACUCGAUGCUGAACCAUGGCUGAAAGAACCAUCGCUUGUUCCUAUUCCUUGGCGAUUAAUUUCAUUAAAUUCAAUUAAUUUAACAGUUGCAGUCAUGUGGGAUGAUAAUGUUGUACAUCCACAUCCACCUAUAAUUCGAGCUCUUCGUGAAACAAUUGAACAUUUAAAAAAAGCUGGAAUUCGAGUAAUUGAUUGGGAACCAAUUGAUCAUCAAAAAGGAUGGGAUUUAAUAAGUGCACUCUUCUAUUGUAAUGGUGCCGAAGAAGAACGAAAUCUAAUAGCAGAGACAAAUGAGCAAUUAUUACCUUUAACAGAAUGGAUUUUUAAUCAACCAAAUGUAAAGAAAAGAAAUUGGACAGAAAUGAAUGGAUUAAUUUCAGAAAGAGAAACCUAUCGUACUCAAUAUGCAAAAAUAUGGAAUGAACGAGAAAAAUCUUUGAAUUGUUCAAUCGAUUGUCUUCUUACACCGGUCGGUCCAUCUGCAGCUCCUCAACAUGGUACAGCAAAAUGGUGGGGUUAUACUUCUAUAUGGAAUCUUCUUGAUUAUCCAGCUGCUGUUUUUCCUGUUACAACUGUUGAUCUUGUUAGAGAUCAAAUAGAAGUUGAUUAUAAACCUAGAAACUCAUUAGAUAAGGAAAAUUAUGAAUUAUAUACAUCACCACAAGCUUAUGCUAAUGCACCAAUUGGAUUACAAGUGAUCUGUCGACGAUAUAAUGAUGAAAAAGUAAUGAAAUGUGUUGAAAUAAUUGAACAAGCAAUGGGUAGAGAAUAA